ACCCUUCUCGUCCUCGUCCUUCUCGUCCUUCUGCUUUGGGAUGAACUUCCCGGGGGGCUUCAAGUCCUUGACUGGGGGGAGCCCCUCGGCCCAGAGCAUGGACAGCCUGGAGAAGCAGCUCAUCUGCCCCAUCUGCCUGGAGAUGUUCUCCAAGCCUGUGGUCAUCCUGCCCUGCCAGCACAACCUCUGCCGAAAGUGCGCCAACGACGUCUUCCAGGCCUCGAACCCGCUGUGGCAGUCGCGUGGCUCGGCCUCGGUGUCGUCGGGGGGCCGGUUCCGGUGCCCGUCCUGCCGCCACGAGGUGGUCCUGGACCGGCACGGCGUCUACGGGCUGCAGCGGAACCUCCUGGUUGAGAACAUCAUCGACAUCUACAAGCAGGAGUCCGCCCGGCCGCUGCACGCCAAGGCGGGUCACGAGCCAUGCUGCCUGAUGUGCGAGGAGCAUGAGGAGGAGCGCAUCAACAUCUACUGCCUGAGCUGCGAGGCACCCACCUGCUCCCUCUGCAAGGUCUUCGGCGCACACAAGGACUGCCAGGUCGCCCCGCUCUCCUCCGUCUACACCCGGCAGAAGGGCGAGCUGAGUGACGGGAUUGCGAUGCUGGUGGCCGGCAACGACCGUGUCCAGGCGGUCAUCUCCCAGAUGGAGGAGAUCUGCAAGGGCAUCGAGGAGAACUCCCGCCGUCAGAAGCAUCUCCUGGCCACGCGCUUCGAGUCCUUGUGCGCGGCGCUGGAGGAGCGGAAGGCGGAGCUGGUGGCGGAAGUGGGGCGCGAGGCCGAGGCCAGGCUCCUCCACGUCCGGACCCUCAUCCGCACCUACGGGGACCACCUGGAGCUGGCCUCCAAGCUGGUCGAGUCCGCCAUACAGUCCAUGGAGGAGCCUCAGGAGGCCGCCUUCCUACAGCAGUCCAAGGAGCUCCUCCAAAAGAUCACAGAGACGUCCAAGGUGCCAAUGAGCGGCCGCCCGGAGCCCGGCUUUGAGAACAUGGACCGCUUUGUUGUCAACGUGGACCAUGUGGCUGAGAUGCUACGGACCAUCCAGUUCCUGCCAGAAUCCGCCGGGGAGGAGGCCGAAGCAGAAGGAUUGGGACCGGAAGGAGGAGGGGGUGACGCAGGAGAGGAGGGACCCCCAGAAGGCCAUGAGGCCCCCGAGGCCACAGAAGGUCAGCAUUGAGGAGCAGCAGCAGGAGACACCCCCUCCCAUUGGCCGGAUCCAUCCCCAGCAACUUUAAUCCCCCCCCCCCCC